AUGGGGCCAGAUAUCUACCACCACAUGUGCGACACGACAGGCCCGCUGCAGCUCAAGGAGCCUAGGAGGGAACUCUUCCCCCUCAUAAACGAGAAAACGCCCAAGAGGCCGCCUUCCCCACCCCGCGACAAGAUGGCGCCCACCGCCUGCCCACUGAGGCGCCUGCGCGGCCCCGCCACGCCUGCGCGGCGACCGCGGGGCGGCGGCUGCUGCUGCGAGCGGCGGCGGCGGCCUCGCUCCCCGGUGACCGGCGCCCUGCGAGGCAGCCCCGCCGUCGCUCCCCCUUCCUCCUCCGCCUCCUCCUCCUCCUCCUCCUCGCCGCCGCAGCUGGCGCUGCUCGUGAUGCAGCCGUGCGGCGGCGAGGAGGAGGCGGCGGCUGGAGGGGGGGUGCUGCCGCUGCAGGGCUCCGCCGCCCCGCCGCAGCAGCCCCCCGGUGCGGGCGGCCUCAUGUUGUUCUACGAGCUGGGUCCCGGCGAAGCCGAGGCGGGGGAGGAGGCGGCGGGCGGCGAGAGCACGGCCAGCCCGGAGGAGCUGGACGACGAGGAGGCGGCUGCAGCGGCGGCGGCGGCCGCCUCCUCCUCCUCCUCCAGCGGCGAGGCGGCGGCGGCGGCGGCGGGCGGCGACUGCAAGAGCUGCACCUACCAGGGCUGCAGCGAGACCACCACGCAGGUGGCGAAGCAGCGCAAGCCCUGGAUGUGCAAGCGGCACCGCAACAAGAUGUACAAGGACAAGUACAAGCGCAAGAAGAGCGACCAGGCCCUGGGGGGCGGCGGCGGAGGAGGAGGAGGAGGAGGAGGAGGCGGCGGGGCCGGGGCGGGGGGCGGCCCGCGGGCCGAGGAUUGUGUCGAAGGUUCAGUUUCUGUUACAAAACAGAGAACAGGCUCCAUUGGAGAUCGCCCAGCAAGACCUACUCUUCUAGAACAAGUCUUGAAUAAAAAGAGGCUGUCCCUACUUAGAAGUCCAGAAGUCGUGCAGUUCCUACAGAAACAACAGCAGCUGUUAAGUCAACAGGCUUUGGAGCAACGGCAGCAGCAGUUUCAAGGAGCACCUGGGUAAUCAGAACAGAUCAGUGACCUGCAAAUGAGUCUGGUGCUGAAGGAGGAUUAGGACGUAUAUUUUAUUUAAAUAUAGAGAAUCUCAAUGUUAAAACGAAAAGAGAAGUUGCUGCUGUUACGUGUUGUAUUUGUCCCUUGUUUGCACUUUUGAGGUUUCGAGCUGCUUGGGUGUCUGCAAACUUGUGAGCAAAUCUGGAGGAGUCUAUUUUUUGAUUCUUUUUAAAACUUCAUUGUAAUGUUUGAUUUUUUAAGUGAAAAUUUGUUUCUAUCAGUAAUUCUGAGCUGUACAUCCUUUUCCUACCAAAGUCUUCCACUAAAUUAACAGUUUUCUAUGUAAAGGUUUACUGUUAAACAAGUCACUCUUUGAUGACAAUCAUUGAAGGAAGUCAGUUACUUUCUAUGGAAGUUGUGAAAGAAAAGUCCCCUUUGAGCCAGUCCAGUGGCAUGACCUAACAGUAAUUCCUCAGGGAUCCAAGAAGCUUAUGUCCAGUAGAAUCUUGCACUAAAGACAGUGUGCCAUCAAGAAGUCCACCAGUGGCUCAGAAAAGUCCAAACUGAGUGAUCCUCCUGCCAUAUAUUCAUUAUUUGCAAGUUGAAUAGGUUUGAAAUGCUUCACUGUCUGUACAACACAUGUAAAGGAAUUUGUGUUAAAAAUCUCCAAAACGGAGAAACAGCAAAGUACGUUCCACCUCUAAAUCUUCUUAAAAGUAUGCAGUGGAGAGUUGGACCUUGUUUUGUGUAGUUAUUUCUAAGGACCAACCUGUUAUGCAUGAAAUCACGUAUCACGACUUAUUUAAAAAUGAGCGAUAUUUUUAUCUGAGUGAAUAAGAUCAAAGCUUUUAACUCAAAUGCUUAAGGCUUUUAAGAGCAAAUGCAUCCAAAAGGUAAAAUGCAAUUAUGCAUUUGUUUCCUUUUUGUAUUCUUUCUCUUCCAAAAAAGCAUAGUUAAAAUUAUUUGAUCAAGACGACAGAUAUCUAAUCAGCUCAAGUGUUGGACUUCUCAGGUUUUCAGCCAAUUCAGAUAAACUUAAAAUUGAUUUGGUUAAAAAUCCAAAUGCUGUAUUAUGUAAAUGUUGAAUCCCAAAUUUUGUCUUUAAAUCAGAGUUUUGUAUUAAACCACAUUUCCUAACAGAGGUUGUCUGAAUGGUGGAGAUGCUUAUUAAAGUACUACUUUGAUAUUGCAGCAGUGUGAUCUGCUGAAUAAUAUCUGUUCAGGAGUGUUUGUUAGUGUUACACAUUUUAUAAGCUGUGCUUUGUGUAUGUAUAGAAAUCGUUCAGUAGGGAUUUCUUGUAUUUAGUAUUGUGCAAGCUGUUCUUUUAAAAAGAGAUCUAAAAAAUUCGUACGAACAGUUCUGGACCAAUAAGUGUUUGAGUAAAUGUUUUUUUUUUUUAAAGAAAACUAUUUUUUGUUCUGUUCCGUUUGUAUGUUGCUUUGUUGUUUAUUUCUAUGUUAAAAUGGCUAGCUCUAGGUAAAUGACAUUAAAACCUCUGUUUUCCCAGACUCUUACGACAUAGAAAAAGUUAUUUUUGCUUUAAGCAAAAUGAAAUUACGUUUUUCAGUAUGUCAGAAUACAUGCAAAAAUAUAAUGGGCUGAACUUGGACGAGGAAUUAUUUUGUUUUUAUUUCAGAUGGUCAGCUCAUGAAAGCAAACAGCUCUGAUUAAAUGUUUUUAAAAGAAGGAAGUAAUUCUAGGUACCCAGUCUGGCCUUUACUGGUUUCAACGGUAGUUAUUUUUCUUCUGUAGCUUUCCCAUUUCUGUUCUUAUUUUAACAUAAUGUUUGUUGUUAUUAAAUUCUCAAGAAGUU